ACUCCCACUCAUUCUUCACUGUCCACUCCAAAGCAUUUCAUAGAAACCCUUCUUCAUUCUAUAGCUCUUCCCCUUCUCCAUCCUCUUAAGUUCUUCGUUUGAAGCUAUUUGUGUAGUUAGAGAUGGCUCUAGGGAUGAGAGGAUUGUUGGGUUUGUUUGAUUGCUUGUUGGUGGUCAUAGUCUUGAUCAAUACGGCCAAGGCAGAGCCACAAGUUCCAUGCUACUUCAUCUUCGGGGACUCUUUGGUCGACAACGGCAACAACAAUCAGCUUUCAUCGCUCGCUAGAGCCAACUACUUGCCCUAUGGGAUCGACUUUGCCGGGGGGCCCACCGGGCGCUUCUGCAACGGCAAAACCACAGUCGAUGUGAUCGCUGAGCUUCUUGGGUUCGACGAUUACAUCCCACCCUACGCAACCGCGAGUGGUGAAAUCAUUAUGAAGGGAGUGAAUUAUGCGUCUGCUGCUGCUGGUAUUCGACCGGAAACCGGGCAACAACUUGGAGGCAGGAUUAGCUUUGCUGGGCAGGUCCAAAAUUACCAGAACACAGUGUCUCAGCUGGUGAACAUACUGGGGGAUGAGGACACGGCCGCGAAUUACCUGAGCAAAUGUAUCUACUCGGCCGGAAUGGGAAGCAACGACUACCUAAACAACUACUUCAUGCCUCAGUAUUACUCGACGAGUCGACAAUUCACACCAGAAGAAUAUGCCGAUGAGCUCAUUGAGCAGUACUCUCAGGGACUGAGGGCUUUGUACAACUAUGGAGCGAGGAAGGUGGUGCUGAUUGGGGUGGGCCAAAUAGGCUGCAGCCCGAACGAAUUGGCUCAGAACAGCGCCGACGGUGCCACCUGCGUACAGAGGAUCAACGCGGCCUGCCAAAUAUUCAACAACAAGCUCAAGUCCCUAGUCGACCAGUUCAACAACAACUUCGCCGAUGCUCACUUCAUCUAUGUUGACGCCUAUGGAAUUUUCCAGGAUUUGAUUGAAAGACCAGCCGCUUUCGGCUUCAGAGUGACGAAUGCAGGGUGCUGUGGAGUUGGGAGGAACAAUGGGCAAAUUACAUGUUUGCCCCUCCAAACGCCAUGCGAGAACAGGGAGCAGUACUUGUUCUGGGACGCGUUCCACCCCACGGAGGCAGCCAAUGUGGUCGUCGGGAGAAGAUCUUACAGCGCGGAGUCCCCUUCGGACGCUUACCCGAUCGAUAUUCGCCGCCUUGCUCAGAUCUGAAAUCACAAAUCGAGACGGCGUUUUCAAUUUUAUUUCUUUUUCUGAAUUCACUACAUUAUCAUUAUAAAUCUUGUUGGUAAGAUAAACUUAUGUGGGGUCUCAUCAAGGAUAUGUAUUUUAUAGUGAAUGAUGAUAAAUGUACGAUUUUGGGAUUUAAGCCUUUGGUAUGAA